CGCUCCAGUCCGUUCCAGUGGAGUUUAUCCCACUCCACUCUUUACCCCCAACACCGUUAGAUCAAUGAAUUCGCGUACCCAUCUCCUCUCUCUCACUGGUCUCCCACAGUGAACCGCUGGACAGCUCCCGUUACGAGUAUUCGGAGCCUGCAUGUUCUUUCCCAAGUCUUGGGGAUUUCUACCGCGUUACGCUUGGAGCCUUUGCGCAGAAAAAGAUGGUGAACUAACGGUUUUAGUUGUUGCUUCUUAACUUGGAAAGUUAUCACCGCCGUACCUGCUUUUUGUUGCUAUUGUAUUGGGAGAUUUUAUUUGGAGCAACCGGUUUCCAUACGCACGACGUUAACGAACUGAUUCGUGCGUUGUGUGGUUUUUAGAGAAGGAUUUUUGUGAUAGUGGGACUAGUGUCGCUCAGCGGUGAAGCGCAAUCAUGGAGGGAUCAUUUGGAUGUAUUUGGGCGAAAAGACUUUCGGUAUUUGUCUGGUUAUGCUAUCUCGCCGGCGAUUCAACAUCAUAUAGUGCAGAGACCUCAUCGUCAUCUCCGUCCCAGACAGGCCAGGUGUUCGUGGACUUCAGCUUGGUUCUGGAACCCCAGGACACGGUGACAUUACGGGGCGGUGUUCUCCAGCUGGACUGCGAGGCGCAGUCAGAUCAGGGUAUUCCAGUCAUCGUCUGGAAGAAGGAUGGGGUGUUGCUCAGCGCCGUGGUGGACGAGAGGAGACAGCAGUUCCCUAACGGGUCUCUAGUGGUCCAGAACGUGGUUCAUUCACGACACCACCGACCUGACGAGGGGCUCUACCAGUGUCUGGCAGCGCUAGAGGGAGUGGGGGCCAUAGUCAGCCGCACGGCUAAAGUCACUGUCUCUGGUCCGUUGAAGCUCGUUGUCCCUACAGAGUCAGUGUCCUCCUACUUGGGUGACACGGCCCUGCUGCGCUGUGAGGUGACUGGGGAUCCCAUGCCCGUGGUACGCUGGCAGAAGAACAGAGAGGACCUGCCACUCACCUUAACCCCAGAGAGCAGAGUGGUGGUACUGCCCUCCGGAUCGCUCCAGGUUAGCAAGGUUCAACCACCAGACUCUGCCACCUACCGCUGCCUGGCAGACAACCCUGGCAGCGCCCGCACCGGCAGUGACGCAGACCUACGAGUGUUGCCAGAGCCUGGAACCACCAGGGGCCUUCUGUUUCUCCAACAGCCCCAGAGAGUCACCUCCCUCCUGGGGAGAGAUGCUGUGUUGGAGUGCUCCGCUUCGGGGUUCCCCACCCCCGCCUUCCACUGGAUGAGAGGCACUGAGAUAAUCCAGAGCAGGUCUAAGAAGUACUCCCUGCUGGGCGGCAGUAACCUCCUGAUCAGCAGCGUAACAGACGAUGAUUCAGGCUCCUACAGCUGCGUGGCGUUUAACAAGAACCAGAACAUCACGGCUUCCUGCGAGCUGUCCGUUCUCGUGCCACCCCAGUUCCUGAACUACCCCACCAACACGUAUUCCUAUGAGAGUACGGACAUGGAGCUGGAAUGUGCUGUAACGGGGAACCCUCCUCCCACGGUGCACUGGAUGAAGAACGGAGAGGAGGUCAUCCCCAGUGACUACUUCCAGAUCGUUGAUGGCAGUAACCUCCAGAUCCUUGGUCUGGUGAAGUCAGAUGAAGGUUUCUAUCAGUGUGUGGCUGAGAACGAAGCAGGGAACGCCCAGGCUAUGGCCCAGCUCAUACUGAGAGAGCCAGUUGUCCCCAGCUCAGGUGUCCUCCUCCCCUCUGCUCCCCGUGACGUGGCCCCUGUCCUAGUGUCCAGCCGUUUUGUCCGCCUCAGCUGGCGCCCCCCGCAGGAGACCAGAGGAACUGUACAGACUUACGGCAUCUACUACUCCCAGGACACAGUCAACAGGGAGAGGUCUGUGAACGUGUCGGAGCCAGAGACCCUCCAGUUGACUGUCAGUAACCUGAAGCCAGAGGAGACCUACUCCUUCAGAGUGGUGGCCUACAACGACAACGGCCCUGGGGAGAGAUCCGAGACACUCAAACUCACCACGCCGCCAGAGUUGCAGGUCCCCGGGCCGGUGGAGAACCUCCAGGUAGAGUCCAUCUCCCCCACCUCCAUCCAGGCCUCCUGGGACGCCCCGGUCUACGCCAACGGGCCCCUGCUGGGGUACAGACUGCUCUGGACCGAGACACCCUCUGGCAAGGAACAGAGUGUGGAGGUGAAUGGGCAGAGUUAUAAGAUGGAGGGACUUCAGAAGUUCACAGAGUACUCGUUAUGUGUUCUGGCGUUGAACCGCUACGGCCCUGGGAUCAGCACAGAGGACAUGAGCAUCACCACGCUUUCUGAUGUACCAAGUGGCCCUCCACAGAACAUCUCCUUGGAAGUAGUUCUGUCAAGAAGCAUUAAGGUGAGCUGGCAGCCCCCUCCUCCCAACAGCCAGAACGGGUUCAUCACCGGCUACAAGCUCCGACACCGGAAGACCGGCCGACGAGGAGACCAGGAGGCCAUCGAACCUAACAACUUCUGGUACCUGUUCACAGACCUGGAGAAAGGCAGUCAGUACAGUUUCCAGGUCUCGGCCAUGACAGCUAACGGCACGGGCCCGGCCAGCGAGUGGUUCACCGCCGAGACGCCAGAGAAUGACCUGGACGAGAGCCAAGUCCCGAACCAGCCGAGUUCCCUCCACGUCCGACCAUUGCCCAACAGCAUCAUCAUGAGCUGGACUCCUCCCCUCAAUCCCAACAUCCUAGUACGGGGUUACAUCAUUGGCUACGGAGUAGGAAGUCCCUACGCUGAGACGGUCAGGGUGGACAGUAAGCAGCGAUACUACGCCAUAGAAAACCUAGAGCCCAGUUCCCACUAUGUCAUCUCCCUAAAGGCGUUCAACAAUGCAGGAGAGGGUGUCCCCCUGUAUGAGAGUGCUGUGACCAGAUCUAUAACAGAUACGUCCACCCCCAUGAUCCCCCCAGUAGGUGUCCAGGCCGUGGCCCUGACCCCAGACUCUGUCAGGGUCAGCUGGGCAGACAACUCCAUGACCAAGAACCAGAAGACCACUGAGGUUCGCUACUACUCCGUCAAGUGGAAGACCAGCUACUCUACUAGCGGGAAGUUCAAGUCUGCAGACACUACAGCCCUCAGCCACACCGUCACUGGCCUCAAACCCAACACCAUGUAUGAGUUUGCUGUCAUGGUCACCAAGGGCCGUAAGUCCAGCACGUGGAGUAUGACAGCUCACGCCACUACGUACGAAGCAGCUCCCAGCUCCGCACCUAAGGACCUGACGGUGAUCAGCAGGGAGGGAAGACCCAGAGCCAUCCUGAUCAGCUGGCAACCCCCCAUGGAGGCUAACGGACGAGUCAUGGGCUAUAUCCUGUACUACACCCUGGAUAAGAACAUGCCUAUAGAUGACUGGGUAAUGGAGAGUAUCAGUGGAGACCGUCUGACCCACCAGGUGAUGGACCUGAACCUGGACACCGUCUACUACUUCAGGAUCCAGGCUAAGAAUGCCAAGGGAGUGGGUCCCCUGUCAGACCCCAUCCACUUCAGGACUAACAAAGUGGAACACCCAGACAAGAUGGCUAACGAUCAAGGUCGCCAUGGAGACGGAAGCUACUGGCCCUCUGACAACAACCUGAUUGAUAGGAGCAGUCUGAACGACAUUGGUCAGAUGCGUCCUCCUCAUGGCAGUGUGACACCCCAGAAGAACAGCAACCUCCUGGUCAUCAUCGUGGUCUCCGUGGGAGCCGUUACUGUGGUAGUGGUCAUCAUAGUAGCGCUGAUCUGCACCAGGCGCUCCUCCGCACAACAGAGAAAGAAGCGUGCCACUCACAGUACAGGGAAGCGAAAAGGUAGUCAGAAGGACCUGAGACCUCCAGACCUGUGGAUCCAUCAUGAGGAGAUGGAACUGAAGAACAUUGAGAAGCCUACCUGUGCCGCCCCCUCUGGAUGUGAUUCGCCCAUCCAGGGUUCCAUCCAGGAAAUCCGGUCUCAGUCUGUCAGUCACAGCCAAUCAGAGAGUCAGAUGGGAAGCAAGAGCAGCCACUCAGGUGUGGACAAUGACGAGGCUUCCAGCUGCAUCUCUACGUUAGAGCGCUCCCUAGCUGCCCGGAGGGCGACACGUACCAAGCUGAUGAUCCCCAUGGACUCUCAGCCCAGCAACACCCCUGUUGUCAGUGCAAUCCCAGUGCCAAUUCUGGAGAGCAGUCAGUACCCUGGCAUCCUGCCCUCGCCCACCUGCGGGUACAACCAUGGUACUCUGACCACCCACCCCAAGUUCACCCUGAGACCCAUGCCCUUCCCCAGCCUCACCGUGGACCGAUGCUACGCAGCAGCGAUGUCGACAGAGGGUUCCACUCCGCUGGGGGUUCAGCAGCAGCAGCAGCAGCAUACUCUGAUUACCAGCAGCAGCAGUCAACCAGGAGUAGGAGGAGCAGGAGGUGGAGGUGAGCUCUCUCUCCCUGGCACAGAAGAGGUAGGGGCCACCUCUACCCGUACCAUCCCCACCGCCUGUGUCAGGCCAACGCACCCCUUACGCAGCUUCGCCAACCCCCUCCUGCCACCCCCCAUGGGGACCAUCGACCCCAAAGUCUACACACCCAUGAUGCCACAUUCAAGUGCCAGCCUUCCCAAGCCAACAGUAAAAACAGCAUCUCUGGGGCAAGUUGGCAAAGCCAGAUCACCACUACUACCGGUCUCCGUGCCAACAGCCCCCGAGAUGGGUGAAGAGGGACAGAAGCAACCAGAAGACUCAGCCAAUGUUUACGAACAGGACGACUUGAGUGAACAGAUGGCGAGCCUAGAGGGACUCAUGAAGCAACUCAACGCCAUCACUGGCUCGGCCUUUUAACCCCAGCUGCCCUGGCAGAGAGUCCCAUCCAGACAGUCCGUCAGACCUUAACAGCAGCAGCACAGACAGCAGAACCACAGUAUUACACCAUAGGGCAGGGCACAGAGAGGGGGGUGAAGCUCAGAACCUCAGAAACACAGAUACUUCUCCACCCCCCCCCCCCCCAUAUACUGUAACCAACCCUUCUAACAGACCUCUAUGUAACCCUAUAAUACUAUAACCAGUAACAGACCUCUCUGUACCCCUAUAAAUACAGUAACCAACCCCCCUGACAGACCUCUCUGUAAUCCCAAAACAUCAAGACUAACGAUUAAGGAGAAUCUAAAAGAUUUCCCUAGUGUUGAUUUCCCUUUAAAACACCACCUUUUGAGUUUUCAUUUAUCAAUGUUAAUUUUGGAGGGUUUCCUUGUGCGUUACUGGUGUAUUGGAUUGAACUUUGAACUGAAGGCACAAGUGUUACAGCUGGGUCUAUAGUAUUAGACCUUUGGAUUGGUUAUUAUCUCCAGACACCAACAUUUCCCUGGACCCCUCGUUCACCAACAUUUCCCUGGAACCCCUCGUUCACCAACAUUUCUCUGGAACCCCUCGUUCACCAACAUUCACCCGGACCCCUCGUUCACCAACGUUUCCCUGGACCCCUAGUUCACCAACGCUUCCCUGGACCCCUCGUUCACCAACGUUCAGCCGGACCCCUCGUUCACCAACGCUUCCCUGGAACCCCUCGUUCACCAACGUUUCCCUGGACCCCUCGUUCACCAACAUUUCCCUGGAACCCCUCGUUCACCAACAUUUCUCUGGAACCCCUCGUUCACCAACGUUCACCCGGACCCCUCGUUCACCAACGUUUCCCUGGACCCCUCGUUCACCAACGCUUCCCUGGACCCCUCGUUCACCAACGUUCAGCCGGACCCCUCGUUCACCAACGCUUCCCUGGAACCCCUCGUUCACCAACGUUUCCCUGGACCCCUCGUUCACUAACGCUUCCUUGGAACACCUCGUUCACCAACGUUUCCCUGGACCCCUCGUUCACCAACGUUUCCCUGGACACCUCGUUCACCAACGCUUCCCUGGACCCCUCGUUCACCAAAGUUUUCCUGGACCCCUCGUUCACCAACGUGUCCCUGGACCCCUCGUUCACUAAUGUUUUCCUCGACCCCUAGUUCACUAACGCUUCCCUGGACCCCUCGUUCACCAACGCUUCCCUGGACCCCUAGUUCACCAACGUUUCCCUGGACCCCUAGUUCACCAACGUUCACCCGGACCGCUCGUUGCCUGGUGAUGUUGUGAGACAACAUGAGAGGUCUCACAGUAACCACACCCUUACGGCGUUGGAAUGAAACGUAUACCAACUCCUUGGGAACCCGAGGCUGUCCAAAUAUGGACACCGUACACACGCUCCCUCUUCUCUUUCCUAAAACAGUGACACAGUCAGUGACCACAGCCUAGAACAUUCUACAGGCUGUGAGGAACACUGGUUAGGCCCUGGGUACUGGAUCAUCUCAAUACGGACUCUACAGAACCAACUUCAGACUCUGGAAAGUUCUGGAUCCUUGUUCAGGUCCAUUUGUGUUGCUGCUCCUCAACUGAACGUCUGCCCUGGUUGUGUUGCUACCCUAUAUCACAACUACAGACAGCUGUUGAAAUCGUUAAAACAACACCAAGAAUUAUAACCAGGCGCUCCAGUCAAUGUAUGAGGUCUUGGAACGUACUGGGAAUCAAGACAGUAUCAAAUGGUAUUUACAGGGGUUGGAAGGCUUUUGUAUGAAUGUAUGUUAUUUACUCUGAACAAUCCAUUGUUUUGGUUAAUGCCACCUUAUUCACAACAUACAGCGUCUUGUGCAUAAUUAAAACCCCCGAGAGAUGUUUCUUUUUUGUUGUUGAUUAUGGCGGCGUCGAUGCUAUUGAUGAGUCGUCAUUUUAACAGUUAAGGUUUUCAUGAGACAGACACAUGUACCUCAGUUUGAGGUUGUACGGUUGACUGACUAACAAUGUGAUCACACAGGGGUUUGUUUUGGUCAUUUUUAUAUGAUAAACGAUUAUAUUAUUUCAUAUAGUAUAUUUUUACAUCAGCAGUUCUGUCAAAGCUGCAGUACAACUAUUUUUAAACCAAUUGAUUAAACCCUACUGGCUUCUAAUCUAGUUUUACAUUAUGGGGCUGCAUGGGUUGCUAUGCAUCACUGAGGAUAGAUACUGUACAUAACCUGAAGCCUUUUAACAAAACAUGGCAUCAAUAUGUACCACUUAAGUGAUAAAUGAAUCAUUAAUCGCCAUGAAAAUAGGACAUCAAUAUUCGCAUGUUUGAUUCUGGUAACCCACGGUAACUGUGCUCCCUUUAUCAUUUGCAAGCCUCUAUAUUUUUUUUCCCCCCUCUGAAGAUGGAUUGUCCCAGAGAGAUAAAGGGUUAGCUACAUUGUCAUUCAGAACAUGUUUAGAUUAGAACGUAGGAGAUAAAGGGUUAGCUACAUUGUCAUUCAGAACAUGUUUAGAUUAGAACACAUGAGAUAAAGCGUUAGCUACAUUGUCAUUCAGAACAUGUUUAGAUUAGAACGUAGGAGAUAAAGGGUUAGCUACAUUGUCAUUCAGAACAUGUUUAGAUUAGAACACAGGAGAUAGAGCGUUAGCUACAUUGUCAUUCAGAACAUGUUUAGAUUAGAACGCAGGAGAUAAAGGGUUGAAUUCAUUAUACUGUAUCAAAUGUUAGGAUUCAUAUUAGGACACCGACUGGAAAUAGGAACAAUGCUGAAUAUGGUAUUGAUGUCUGUGCCAGUGAGACAUUCAAAUGGUUUAGAAUAGAGGGGAAAGAAAAGUCACAGAUCAGACGACUCAUCACAGAACAAUGUCUUUAUUUCCUCACAACAAACUGUCGAGUGUGCUCUCAUUCUACGUUGUACCAUUUGGGGUUUUCUUUUUUCAUCUGUUUGCCCUUAAAGGAAAAUUCCACAAAACAAAAUCUAGUUUUCAAGAUCUAGAAUAUUGAAAAGUCCAGAACAUGUCACACAGUAUGAUGCGUUUAGGACACGUUCUAGAAUUUUAACGUUGUACAUCUUGGAAACUUGAUUGCUGACCUGCAAAACAUUUUGAGGAUUGUUUUCAACAGUGGACUAAUGAAACACAACAUUGUUUUUUGUUUUUUUGAGUGGUAUUUUCUUUUAAAUACUUUUUUUUCAAAUGUAUUUUUAAUUUGUUGAGAAAAAUGGAGAUGUUCUAUGUGCCUAUACGUUUGCUUUUCCGUUCUUAGUUUUUCUCUUCGUUGGUCACUUUAUUUGUAUGGAGAUCUGUAUGAAAAUAUGAAACGUGAUUUUUUUUUCUCUCUCUUUGCCUCGCCCUUAGUGCACGGUAACAAAUGAGCUAUGAAGUCCUGUCGACAUAGUCUUCUCUCUUCUGAACGACAGACAGGCAGACCAUGGCUCUAUAUUUUAUUGUAUGCUGUACAUGUGUAUUACCCUGGAGAAAGGACCCGCUGAAGCAAGACAACAUGAAAAAAAAAUUGGGUCAGUCCCGAAUGGAAUCCUAUUCCCUAUUUCGUGCCCUACUUUGGACUCAAGCCCUAUGAACUUUGGUCAAAAGUAGUGCACUAUAUAGGGAAUAGGGUGCCAUGUUUUUUUUUUUCUUCCAUUGUACAGUUCCAUAGAGCAACUGAAGGACAAAUUGCUAGUUAACUCAUUGACUGUGGGUGGGUGUGGGGAGGGUACUUUUUAUGAUAAAAUGUAAUAUAUUAUUUAGAGCGCACAUUACUAUUAUUUAUGAAGAACGACGUGAUCAUUCUGGACAUGUAGUUUAGUAAUGGGGGGGGGGGGAAACGACAUUUGGAAAAACCCAUUCAAGAUCUCAUUCUCAAUACUGUUAGGAAGGUGUCCAUCCCAUUUAAUGCCCUCUUCCUGUUGUCAUUCUCCCAUCAGCCACAUCAUGAUUGCGGUAUCAAUAUUAGGACAGACUCUGGAGUCACAAGCAGUUAGUCCUAAUUUGGAUACCGUACAGGAUAGCACGUCCUCUCAGAAAAGGAAGUCACCCGUAGAUAGCUUGAGUUGCAGCCUUACACAGACAUCUAUCAUGUCACAAUUUACCCAAACUGUCUAGAUUGGCUGGAUAUUUGAAUAACAAGUGCAUUUGAUAAACUGUUAUGGAUGACAGGCUAUAGGUUAUAACCUGUUUUGUAUGACAGGCUAUAGGUUAUAACCUGUUUUGUAUGACAGGCUAUAGGUUAUGACCUGUUUUGUAUGACAGGCUAUAGGUUAUAACCUGUUUUGUAUGAUAGGCUAUAUGUUAUAACCUGUUUUGUAUGACAGGCUAAAGGUUAUAACGUGUUAUGGAUUAUAGGCUGAGGUUAUAACCUAUUAUGGAUUAUAGGCAAAAGGUUAUAACCUGUUAUGGAUUAUAGGCUAUAGGUUAUAACCUGUUAUGAAUGAUAGGCUAUAGGUUAUAACCUGUUGUGAAUGAUAGGCUGUAUGUUAUAACCUGUUAUGGAUUAUAGACUAUAGGUUAUAACCUGUUAUGGAUUAUAGGCUAUAGGUUAUAACCUGUAAUGGAUUAUUGGUUAUAACAAGAAAGGACCACACUCUUUUUACUAACAAAACUGUGAUGACUGUUGAGAAGGUGAAAUAUCCAGAAACAAGUCCUAACUACAUGUUCUUUGAAUUCAUACUGAAAAAUUGUCCGCAUUUUUAAUUUUUUUUUUUUUUAAAUUGUUAACCAAAUUAGAUUUAGUGAUUGUACAAUAUUAAAAGUGUACAUUUUGUUCAUUUAAAGCGAAGAAGGGAAUAAGACAAAAUUGCGUAUCUUAUUAUUAUCUUAUUAUUAUCUCAUAAAGAGUAAGAAACAUCUUCUUCUUGUCUGUUUCUAUCCACAACGUUGUAUACAAUUGCUGGUUUUGUAAUGCACUGUAGAGCAAGCAGUUCCACUGUUCAUUUUUCUUUUUUUUUUCUUUUUAAAUAGAAAUGGUAUUUCGAUGGUGUAUUCUUUUUGUUUGAUAAAUAAAGUUUUGAUACAAAAUACCAUUUUGCCAUUUUU